AUGAAAAACGCGACUCUGUUUGAGAACUCUAUGUCACGUGACUUGUCAAACAUAUCCGAAAUUGCACGGCCUAUAACGACAGAAAUUCUUUUAAGAUUUGAGCCUUACAGUGUAUAUAUCGACAGAAUUGUAUCUCCAAUAUGGUACAGCAUAGGUCUUUUCGGAAAUCCGAUAUCUGCGAAAGUAUGGCUUGGAAGAAAGAGUCGCAAAAAUUCAUCAGCUAUAUACCUUGGAUUACUUGCUAUUGUACACAUGUUUCAACUUAUCAUUCAUUUUGUAUUUGCGGAGUUAACAUACACAUGGGACAUACCAACAAAUAACAGACCGGUCUUAUGUGAAACUUUUAAUGUUUUAUCUAUUUUUCCACAGUAUUUGGCGCCGUUAUUGGUGUUAGGCUUUACCGUUGAACGUUAUAUUGCUGUUUGUCAUCCGUUUAGGAAGGAACAAUGGUGUACCGUCCGAAGAGCUUUUAUUGUCAUAGCAUGCUUGACCGCUUUAUCGAUUAUCUUUGCUUGUGUCCAAGCUGAUUUGUGGACAUAUUAUCCAAUAUAUAAGGAGUGUUUCUCGAAAGAUGGAAACCAAAAGUUUCAAAUAAUCUGGACAGCUAGUACAGAAAUUAUGUUUUUCUUAGUUGUCCCCCUUUGUGUCUUGAUGUUUAAUAUUUUAGUAAUUAGAGAAAUAAAGAGGAUAACUUCACAUGGACCCGCUGUGUCUGCUGGUGAAAGUCAUACGUCUACUGUUACACUCCUUUCAGUGUCGUUUUACUUUAUUUGUACUCUGUUACCGGCGUCUGUAGUAUAUGCCAUUCAAUACGAAAUGCCAACUGGGAAAAUGGAAAACUUGCUAACCUUAGAAUGGAUUGCAACUGAUCCAGUGUGGUUAAGUUUUUUCAAAUAUAUUGCAAUAAGAAAGGUCGUCGAAGAAGUAUGCUUGUCGAACAGUGCGUGCUAUUUCUUUAUAUAUUACAUAACCGGGAAGAACUUUCGCACACAAGUACAUUCAUUGUUCACGUAUUGA